GAUAAUAUCAAGUGUUUGUUUUGUAAAAUUGUGUUCUACUGCAAUUUUUUUCUGUACAAAAAAAUGUUUUCAGAAGACAAUUUGCAUUGUUUCGGGACAUCAUUGCCACUUCUCGAACUAGAUCAGGUUCCAUCCAAAAAACCACUUCAUGUGCAAGAUCAAAUAGUCACCGAUGAUCAAGGAAAAAGACGUUUUCAUGGCGCCUUUACGGGGGGUUUCAGUGCCGGCUAUUGGAAUACCGUCGGAUCCAAAGAGGGCUGGACACCUCGCAGUUUUAAAAGUUCGCGCAACGAAAAAGCAACUGAGCGUUUUAAUCAAUGUCCAGAAGAUUUUAUGGAUGAAGAAGAUCGUGGUGAGUUCGGCAUUGCUCCAAGGGGCUUGAAAAUUAGUGAAGAUUAUACUAUUGUGGAACAAGAACAUACUCGAAAGCGAAAAUAUUUGGAACAAAGUAUAACUCCAAUACCCGGUGAACCCGUUUUGUAUCAUUUAAUUAAAUCCGUCAGAGAUAAAGUGUCCGUGCGUAUAUUAAAAGCGUGGGGAUGGCGGCCCGGUCAAGGCAUAGGACCAAGGCAAACUCGCCAAGCAAAAAGAAGAGAUCGUGAAAGGUAUAAACGUGAACAAUAUCUUUUAGAAAGAUAUGGCUGUGAGUUGCCGGGUACUAGCAAAGCAUCAUUAAAAGAUGAAAAUUUUAAUGCAGGCAGCGAGGAGGAGGAUGUUAGUGAUGCAGAUGAUGAUGAUGAUAAUGAUGAAAUUACUUUUGCCCCAGAGGAUUACGAUAUGCCUCCUUGCGUUUCUAAGGAAGAUCGUUAUGGCCUGAAUUAUGUACCGUUAAGUAGAAAUUCAAUCUUGGGGGACUCCGCUAGAGAUACUGUCGUUAACAAAUCCCGAGAGCAGUUAAAUACUUCCAAGACCUUGCAGGUAUGGAGUAAAACGAACAAAAAGAUAUCCUUUACUGGUCAAGCGUUCGGUAUCGGAGCAUUUGAAGACGAUGACGAUGAGGAUGUUUUUGCCGCAGAAGAUUUGACACGUUACGAUUUUGCUUUAGAGGAUAAACAACAAAAUAAAAGAGCUGCCCAAAAAUCCAAGGAAGCAAAAGAUUUUGUAUUUCAAGAAUUUGCGCUAGAGAGAACUGCCAAACAAUCUUUGGUAUACGAAAUUAAAAUACCGUUUGGUUGGCAACCAAGGAAUUGGCUACAGCGUCGCAGCCGAUUUGAACCUUUAGAUCCCCGAAAGGUCAGGCAAUUGGAUAGGAAAAUUGAGCAAUUCACAGGAAGUGAAAUAACAAGAAGUCAACGGUCACAACUGCUUGGCGAAGAAAUAAAAGAUCCUGACCACUCUGGAAUUUCAUCGCAAGGAAAACGAGAACCUUCCUUGAUAGAAAUGCAGCAAAUGUUUAAAGAAAGACAGAAGAAAACCGACGUUUUACUAGAAAAGAUUUCUUUAAAGUCCAAUUGUUUUACGACGGGAGGAGUUAUCAAUGUUGAUGGUGAAGAAUCGACAAUCAAACAAAAUGAGCAAAGCGAAUUCUCUGGCACCUUCAAGCCAUUCCUUAAUGGCUCUAAAAAACAAGAGAGAUAUGAAAAAUUUUUAGCAGCCAACAUAAGCGACGAAAAAGAAAUUUCGCUGUUCCUUAACAACAUCCAACCGGUAGAAUUGUCGUUGUGGGACAGGCAAACGGAAUUAAGGGAAUUUAUACAAGCAAGAAAACUAUAUAGGCCUCUGCAGGGCCUUAUGUCUGACAGGUUUGUCUCUGAAGCCGAACUGGUUACCAAACAGAAAGUCUCCGAGUGUGCUGAAAACAAUUCAAACCGUAUCAAUGUGGAAAGGAUUAAAGUGAUGUGGAAGCCACAUGCCCUACUUUGCAAACGUUAUAACAUCGCUGAGCCCUUUGGAGGUCUUAUGGAAGACCAGAAAAGGCCAAAGAAAAAGACUAAGCUAUCUAUAUUUAACUAUCUGGAAACGAGUAUUAAUAGAAAGGAAGAUUUUCAAACACCUGUAAUAGUAUCGAAACCUAUAGCGGUGUCUGUGAUACAGCCAAUAGAAGAAAUAAACCGAACAAUAGAACAAGAAAAUGCAAUUGCUGAGGUAAACUCUUUCGAAACGUUGCAAAAAAAGCUUACCACAAAAUCUUUUACACCAAAGACGGAUUUGGAAAAGGAAGUCAUUGAGGGUUUAAAUAAAUCCGUAAUUGAGAAAAAGGAACUUUUCAAGUCGAUUUUUUCUGACAGUGACUCAGACGAAGAAUCAAAUGUAAAAGAAAGACAAGACAAAGCUAACGAAGACUCAAAAGCAAAUUCGGCUCCAUUAGUAGCCAACCUGCUUAGAAACACUUCGCCGCCUAGAGGCAUAUUUAAAGCUCUGUUUGCUGCUCCUGAAAAAGGCGCUAACAAUAAUACUAAGGAGCCGAAUGAUAUUCAUAAAGAUUGUUUCCAAGCGGAAAAAAUUCAGUUUAAAGCAAAAGCCACCAAGGCAUCGAGUAGUAAAUUAGAAGAAGAUUCCAACACAUAUGGUCCAGCUUUGCCUACGCAAUUAAAUAAAAAUGAAUUAGCCACCGAAAAUUGUACGGAGUUUUUAAGUGAAACAUUGGAUGCUAAAUUAUUGGAUAUAUUUAAUAAACAAAAAAUAAUUUCCAAUACGCAGACGGGCGAAAUAUGGAUUGAAAAAUCAAAAUCUUUACAAAGCUCGGACGAUGUGACUGAUAGCAGCAGCGCGAGCAGCGAUGGCACUGAUAGUAGUGUAGGCAAGGAAGGCGGCCAAAAGAAUAAAAGAAAGAAGAUGAAAAAGUCGAAAAAGAAAAACUUGUUGGAGACCAAGCAUAGAAAACAUAAAAGCCAUAAGGUUCAUAAAAAGACAAAGAAGCAUGGUAAAAAGAAAAAGAGUCAUAAAAAGAAUAAAUAUUGA